AUGUCCGACCACCAUGAGUGCAUCAAUGAUAAUUGCCAAUCAAAACCUAAUAGUAUGCUGUACGCCGCCAAAAAAUCUGUUCAAUCAACCUGUUUAAUUGAGCCAUCAACAGAAAACCUCAACGACCCGCAAAUAGCCAAAUUGAAUUGUGUAUUGAACAAUACCGAACAAAUUGACAAUUUAGUGCAGCAAGUAGAUCAGACAAUCCCACUACUAUACAUCGACGUAUACAAGUUUGAUAGUCAAAGGAAGUUUAAGUUUGACAAAGAGAUAAGUAUUGUUGACUUCGAUGAUAGUGAUAUAGACAUUGUAUCAACUAGAUCGUUACCUGUAUUUUCGGAUGAUUUACCCGAAGAAGGCAAACUAAUAAGACACUUAUUAAAAUAUGUACACCAUAAGAAUAUUCGCCUUGUGUGUGGUGAGUCACCAAGUGUAAACGACGAUGUACCUGAAAAUAUUCAAGAAUUUGUAAAGGAGUAUUUACAAAAAUAUCCAGAACGGCGUAUGGUGAAGUUUAAUAAAAUACAAGUAGUACGCACAGAGUUACACAACUUAUGGUGUUUAGCCAGAGUGAAAAACUUAGAUGCAUCUUCAGUACAGUUAAAAUUUAUUGAUAUCGUGGGCGAACACACUGAAUGGAUGUAUCGGGGCUCAAACAGACUUCCAUGGGUGGCAUACUUUGCACUAUCAAAUAUUCCAGCAGGAACCGAACUAGCAUGGAAUUAUAAUUAUAUGAUAGGCAGCAUGAAACACAAAAGACUUAUGUGUCACUGUGGGUCAAAAAAUUGCAAGGGCACACUGUUAUAA